AUGGAUAAACAUGAUCCAAAAGCUGUUAAAUGUAUCUUUCUUGGUUACUCUUCAACUCAUAAGGGUUACAAAGUCUACAACCCUCACACCAAGAAACGGUUGGUCCAUACAGGUGCAGCUGACACUGAACAAGAUAAACAUGAUGAAAGUAAUUCUGGAAAUUUUUCUGAUGGCUCAGAAAAUCUGGACGAUGUUGCAACUGAAUUUGAAAAUGCAUUUUCAACUCCUGAAAGUCCACAUGAGACUGCUGAUGAUGGUGUUAUUCACUCUGAAGAAGUUGUUGAUGAUGAUGAUCAAGCCAGUCCCACUAAGAGAAGAUAUCUUGGUCGGAUUAGGCAACCUUCACUUAAACUGCAAGAUUAUAAAAGGUUUGCGAUCAAGGAUUUGGGAGUAUUGAAAUACUUUCUCGGUAUAGAGAUGGCAACUUCAACCAAGGGUUUGUUUCUCAAUCAGAGAAAGUAUUUACUAGAUCUUUUAGAAGAAGCCAAGAUGACAGAUUACAAGCCUAGUGUCACACCUCUUGACAGCAAGCUGAAACUAGAAGUAGAAGGUGAUAAAUUCAACAAUGUGGAAAUGUAUCAGAGGCUUGUUGGAAAGUUGAUUUAUCUCACCAUAACCGGACCAGACAUCUCCUUUGCAAUGAGCUUGGUGAGUCAAUUUAUGCUUUCACCUAUUGAGGAACAUUUUCAAAUUGUCAAGAGGAUUCUUCGAUAUCUUAAAGGUUCUAUUGGUCGAGGUAUAUCGAUGAAGAACAAUCAUCACACCAAAAUCAUGGGAUUUUCUGAUGCGGAUUGGGCUGGAAAUUCAUGUGAUCGUAAGUCAACAACUGGAUAUUGUACUUUGGUGGGAGGGAACCUGGUAACAUGGAAGAGCAAGAAGCAAAGUGUUAUUGCUUGUUCAAACGCAGAAGAUGAGUAUCGCGCUAUGGCUUCUACCACUUGUGAGUUGAUAUAG